CAGAUGGCGGUCAGUUGUGGUCAGCUCCUGGACAACAGCACACGUUGUUUGGUGUUUACAGAAGGUUCUGCUCCAUUACGUCACCUUCAUCUACUUAUCAAGAUGUAUUAACUGUUCAGGACUCUUCUGACGAAAACAACUGCAGACCACAAUGGAAGGAAGCAGACGGAGGCGUGAUGGUGUGUGGCUGUUGCUGGUGGCGGUGAUGAUGGUGGCGGCUGGGGAAACUGAGGAGCAACUUGGCCGUAUCUCGACACAGCCUUGCCUGCGAAACAGACUACCAAAGUUACUGUUGAACCAGACGGGGUACGUAGAGUACUCUGAGUACGUGGCUGAGGUGCCGCCCCUCACAGCCUUCACUAUGCACUACUGGUUUAACCUCCUGUCCACCGUCCGCACCGCCACCACCUUCAACUAUGGCUUGAAUGAGCUGAGCACCAACAACAAUCUGACGGUGCAGCUGGUGCAAGGGAACCCCCAACACUGGACGCUGCAGAUUAACGAUCAUCUGGUGAGUCGCGUGGUGUCGCCCCUCGUCAGAGUGGGUGAAUGGCACCACAUGCUCCACUCCUGGGACUCAUCCACCGGCCAGUGGAGCGUUUUCAUGGACGGCAAGAUCCUAUCUUUUGGGUUAAAUCCAAUGAGUGUGGGAAUGGUGGUUCCUGGAGGAGGUGUACCUGUGUCAGGGCAGCGCCAGAACACAGCACUAGCAGCGGGAAUGGAUCAGGGGGAAGGUUUAGAGGGCUGGUUCACCCUCUUCCAGCUGUCGGCAAGGCCUCUCCUUAACCCAAACUCCCCCAACACCGCCUUCGCCGUUACCUCCCUAGCUUCGGGCUGCUCCAUAGACCUAGGAGGUGACGUAAUCAGCUGGAGGGGGACGCCAAGAAGGGGCUACGGGGGCGUCAUGGAAACCCCCGGCCGGGAGAUCUGUGGUCACUUCUAGUAGUGUGUUAGGCAGGUGUCCUCGAGGACAUCGCAACACCGGAUAUCUUUAUACGGAUUUUGAAUAAUAAAAGAUAACAGAAACAUGGAAGGUUUUCCAUGUCAACACAGGUCUCCGUCAGAACAUCGCCUUCUUCACUGGGUUGAAUUAAUUGAGUUAGCGUGUCAUCAAUACAUCGUAUUUUUAAUGUAUAACAGUUAAAGCAAAAAGAAAAUGGUGAAAAUAAAAGUUAUAUAGUUGUAGUUACUGAUUAAAGAGGGACAUGAAAA